AUGCCACCAAAAAAGAAGGGAGUUAUCGAAAAGCCCAUUUUGUUGGGAAGACCAGGAAACAACUUGAAGUCUGGAAUUGUUGGAUUGGCAAAUGUGGGAAAGUCUACAUUCUUCCAGGCCAUCACCAGAUGUCCAUUGGGUAAUCCUGCAAACUACCCAUUUGCUACUAUCGAGCCAGAAGAAGCCCGUGUGAUUGUUCCAUCUUCACGUUUCGAGAAGUUGUGUGACAUGUACAAGCCCAAAAGUGAGGUCCGUGCCUACAUGACCGUAUAUGAUAUUGCUGGAUUGACUAAAGGUGCUCACUCUGGUGAAGGAUUGGGUAACAAUUUCUUGGCCAAUAUUAGAGCUGUCGAUGCUAUUUUCCAAAUGGUGAGAAGUUUCGACGAUGCAGACAUCAUUCAUAUCAAUGACGAAGUCAACCCAUUCAAUGACUUGGAAAUUGUCCACGAUGAAUUGAGAUUGAAAGACAUUGAAUUUGCCAAGAAGCAUUUGGAAGGUAUUGACAAGAUCACCAAGAGAGGUGGACAAUCGUUGGAGGUCAAGCAGAAGAAGGAGGAGGCCGAGUUGGUCAAGAGAAUCAUUGAGCUUUUGGAAAAUGGUGGCAGAGUUGCCAAUGAAAAGUGGACUUCCAAGGGAAGUCGAAGUCAUCAACACCAUGUUCUUGUUGACAGCCAAGCCAGUGAUCUACUUGAUCAACUUGAGCGAGAAGGACUAUGUCAGAAAGAAGAAUAA